AUGCCGAGCAUAUUUUCCUACCAGAGUGCCGAGGUGGAUUGGUGUGAGAGCAACUUCGAGCGCUCGGCGGUGAUUGCCGAGUACUACAACACCAUCAGCAAUGUGAGCUUCUUUGUGCUGUCUCCUGCGCUGCUGUACCUCAACAGGCAGUACUGCCAGAAGAAGGCUGUGCCCCUCUACUUUGUCUCAGGGCUGCUCCUCCUCGUAGGUCUCUUCUCCAUGUACUUUCACAUGACCCUGAGCUACGUGGGACAGCUCUUGGAUGAGCUCUCCAUCCUCUGGACACUGGCUGUGGCUUAUUCCUUCUGGUACCCACAGGCUUACUUCCCCAAGUGCAUCAAGACCAGGAGGCAUUUCUUCUGGCUGACUGGUAUCACCACUGUGAUCAGCACCCUGAUGUCUUUUGUCAAGCCCACCCUCAAUGCCUACGCUCUCAACUGCAUUGCCUUCCACCUGCUGUACCUGACCUGGAAGGAGCUCAAGAAGUGCAAUGACAAGCGUGUUCACCGGAUGGCCGCGGUCAUGGUGAUGUGGUGGGCACUGGCCAUCACCAGCUGGAUCAGUGACCGCUGGCUCUGCUGGCUUUGGCAGGCCAUCAACUUCCCCUACUUCCACAGCUUCUGGCACGUGCUGAUAGCCAUGUCCCUGCUGUACUGCUGCCCCCUGGUCAUCUACUUCGACGUCAGCUACGAGAUGCCCUCAUUCAAGCCAAAGCUGGAAUACUGGCCCAGUGACUCGUGGCCUGUUGUGGUGCCCUACGUCACCCUGGAGGAGCCCCACAAGCAGUGCUAG